AUGAUAUUGUUGAAAGAGCAAUAUUUCAUAAGUCCAUAUUUUGGGAUGGAUGGCGGUGAACAUGUCAUAUCCUUAUGCUCAAAGUCUGACUUAGCUGAGUUUUCAACCAAGUUUGUUUGGAAGGACAAUUCUUCAAAGUGGUUUCCUCGAAAGAAAGGCUUCGCAAUUGGAAGGUUUACUCAUGUACCUGCAGAGUUAACAAUAUCAAAUGAUGAGAUUAAGCAGUUGUGCUUAAUGGAUAUAGACAAGAUCUUACAUUCCUAUGGUACAACCUUGAAAGACUAUCCUCCUAUGCCUUUAGCAACUGAAGUUGAUAGUUUUUUGUUAACCGAAAGGGUUAUUAGGGAAGAGAUAAACUUUAAUAAGGAUGAUUCAAGAAAAAUGUCUCAGACAUGUACUAGAAAAACAUUUAUUUGGAACCUUAUGUCUGCUGAGAUUCGCUCGAUGGGUGAUAUAGUAUUAAACGUUGCUUCGAGUGGUAUUGCAUCUUUACUUCUUCCCAAUGGAAGAAUGACACACUCAGGGUUCAAAAUACCGCUGAAUAUAACUGAGGAUUCUAUAUGUAACAUCAAACCUGGUUCUCCUCAAGCAAUGUUGUUGUUGAAAGCCAAACUUAUAAUUUGGGAUGAGACUCCAAUGGUUAGUAAGUACUGCUAUGAAGCGCUUGAUAAAUGCUUGGGUGAUAUCAUGAGGUGUUCUCCAAUAUAUAGCAAAGAUUUGCCCUUUGGAGAAAAAGUGGUUGUUCUAGGUGGAGACUUUAGACAAAUUCUUUCUAUCAUUCCACGAGGAUCGAGACAAGAUAUCGUUCAUUCAACUGUGAAUUCGUCUUACCUUUGGAAGUUUUGUCAGGUGCUCAAACUAACAAAAAACAUGAGACUCUCUGUAGGGACGACUGCUUCAGAUCAAGAUGAGACAGAGCAAUUUGGUGAGUGGUUAUUGAAAGUUGGUGAUGGUCUAAUAGGUGACAAUAUGGAUGGUGAAUCUGAGAUAUGUCUUCCAGGAGAUAUUGUUAUUCCUUCUUCGGACUAG